AUGAAUAUGGCGUGUAUCGGGGACGCGGACCCUUUCACCGCUGCCAUACCUGCCACCAAAGUUGAACUCACGGUUUCUUGCAGAAACCUGCUGGACAGAGACACGUUCUCCAAGUCUGAUCCAAUUUGUGUGCUGUACACUCAAGGAAUAGCCAACAGGGAAUGGAGAGAGUUCGGCAGGACGGAGGUCAUAGACAACACCCUCAACCCCGACUUUGUCCGCAAAUUCAUCCUGGACUACUUCUUUGAGGAGAGGCAGAAUCUACGCUUUGACCUGUAUGAUUUAGACUGCAAGAGCGACAACCUCUCUAAACACGACUUCCUGGGCCAGGCGUUCUGUACGCUAGGUGAGAUCGUCGGCUCCCUGGGAAGCCGCUUGGAGAAACCUUUGAUUGGGAUCCCUGGAAAGAAAUGCGGCACCAUCAUAGUGAGAGCAGAAGAGCUGAGCAACUGCAGGGAAUCGGUGAUGCUACAGUUUUGUGGCAACAAGCUGGAUAAGAAAGACUUCUUUGGGAAAUCCGAUCCCUUCCUCGUCUUUUACCGCAGCAACGAAGACGGAUCGUAUACCAUCUGCCACAAAACAGAAGUGGUGAAGAACACUUUGGAUCCGGUGUGGCAGGCUUUUAAAAUUCCUGUCAGGGCGUUGUGUAACGGAGACUACGACAGGAGCAUUAAGGUGGAGGUGUACGACUGGGACAGAGAUGGAGGCCACGACUUUAUCGGCGAGUUCAGCACCAGCUACAGAGAAAUGUCCAGAAGCCAGUCACAGUUCCACAUCUAUGAGGUGCUGAAUCCAAAGAAAAAAGGAAAGAAGAAGAAAAAGUACCUAAACUCAGGAACGGUCACCCUCCUGUCCUGCCUGGUGGACACCGAACUCUCCUUCCUGGACUACAUCCGAGGCGGGACUCAGAUUAAUUUCACAGUGGCAAUUGAUUUCACAGCGUCAAAUGGCAACCCGUCGCAGCCCACCUCGCUCCAUUACAUGAGCCCAUACCAGCUGAAUGACUACGCCAUGGCGCUGCGGGCAGUCGGAGAGAUCAUCCAGGACUACGACAGCGACAAGAUGUUUCCUGCGCUGGGCUUUGGUGCCAAGCUUCCCCCGGACGGACGGGUCUCGCACGAGUUUGCCCUGAAUGGUAACCCACAGAACCCUUACUGCAGCGGCAUUGAGGGGGUGAUGGAGGCCUAUUACCAGAGUCUCAAAUCUGUGCGUCUCUACGGACCCACCCACUUCUCCCCUGUUAUUAACCACGUGGCCAGGUACGCGUCAGCGGUGACAGACGGCUCGCAGUACUUCAUCCUGCUCAUCAUCUCUGAUGGCGUGAUCACAGACAUGGCACAGACCAAGGAGUCCAUCGUCAAUGCCGCGUCUCUGCCCAUGUCAAUUAUAAUAGUUGGGGUUGGACCAGCGGAAUUUGACGAAAUGAUCGAGCUGGACGGGGACGAGGAGAGGAUCUCGUCCCAAGGACGAUACGCCGAGAGGGACAUUGUUCAGUUCGUCCCUUUCAGAGACUACAUCGACCGGCGGGGAAACCACAUCCUCAGCAUGGCUCGCCUGGCUAAGGAAGUGCUCGCCGAAAUCCCGGACCAGUUCCUGUCCUACAUGAGGACCCGAGGGAUCAAACCGGGCCCCUUGCCACCUCCCUACACCCCCUGUCCACCACCGGCCAUCCACCCCCUCCUCACCAGACGGGUAAGCCGAAUCUAA